GGUGGAGGCAAAAUUGGUAUCAGAUAAGGGUCUCAAACUGAGAUCUCGAUGUUCCAUUUAAGUUGUUGCUCAUUUUCAUUAGCCAUGCCAGGGGUGAAAAGCUUAUAACUUAAACACCCUCUGUAGUAACAACAUUUAUUUUUGAUGGAUUUAUGUUUUUCUUCUCCACAAAGCUGGAAUGAGGGUUGUAGUGGAUAUAAAUGAAGGGGUUUCUUUAUCCUCUUUUCAUUUUAUCACUUACUAAUCAGACUUCAGUUCAGACAGAUAAAAGGGAGAGAUUCUGUUGCCUAAAUGUGAGGUCUUUAAUGAGGAUGGGAGGCCCCAGGGAGGCGAAAUCCCAAGUAGAACGAUGCUGCUCUCGGGUUUCUUGUCAUUUCUUCAGUUGCUUCUUCGCCUCCCUUUUCCAAGGGGCCUAGUGAGCAGGAACUAUCCAAGGUGCUAGAAUGCUGGCAGCUUUGCCGUUCAAUGCAGACGGACUGCAAAAACAGAGAAGAAAGAUUACUGCUUAUUUCAGAAGAAUAUAAUCAAAUGAGGCACCUUAGCCAGCCUGGGUGAUUGCUUCGAGUCUUGUAAUCAUCUGUGUAGCAAAGUGGGUAAAAUCAUUCAAUUUCUUCCCUGCUGGACCUGGAAAGAGAGGGGCUGUGUGUUCAUCCCCACCCAUUAGCUAUGCCCUCUUUUCUCUGAAUGUCGAUUUAAGGAAGCAGGCACCUGUCUUCUGCCACCGCAUCUUCCUAGCAAACUUUAAAGGCCAUUUUAUCUGAUAGGAAGAACAUCAAGGAUGCUCUGAUCUCUAGUGAUGAAGAAUCUGGGAAUGGACACUUUCCCCAUCCAGAUGCAAUGCACUUUAAUUGAAGAAAAACUGAGCUGAACUACAAGUCUAUUUCUCAUGGUGCUGGAUUACUCCUACAGAACUGCCCAGAGAUCAACCGCGAGAGAGGGCUCUGACAGACACUAGUCACCUUCUGAUUGUUGCACUUAGCUCUCCCUGGAGACGUAAAUUUUGGAAGUGUUCCUUUUUACAUGAUCCCCUCCAAGAUGAUGAGUUCUAAUCCCGAGGUAGACCCUUUGGACACAUUUCUCCAAUAUAUCGAGGACAUGGGGAUGAAGGCCUACGAUGGCUUGGUUAUUCAGAAUGCAUCAGACAUUGCUCGAGAGAAUGACCGCUUGAGAAAUGAAACCAACCUGGCCUACUUGAAGGAGAAGAACGAAAAACGCCGAAGACAAGAAGAAGCAAUAAAACGCAUAGGUGGCGAAGUGGGGCGGGGCCACGAAGGCACUUACGCGGGCAAACAUUUCCGCAUGGGAUUCAUGACGAUGCCCGCUCCUCAGGACAGACUUCCCCAUCCCUGCUCCAGCGGCUUUUCCGUGAGGUCCCAGUCCCUGCACUCGGUCGGGGGCACCGAGGACGACAGCAGCUGUGGCUCCCGCAGGCAGCCGCCCCCCAAGCCCAAGCGGGACCCCAGCACCAAGCUGAGCACGUCGUCCGAGACGGUCAACAGCACGGCGCCCGGCAAGAGCAGCAAGGCCGCCGAGCGGCCCGAAGUGUCCGCCAAACCGAGACCCCACAGUGAUGAAUAUUCCAAGAAGAUCCCUCCUCCCAAACCCAAACGCAACCCGAACACUCAGCUGAGCACCUCUUUCGAUGAAACGUACAUUAAGAAGCAUGGGCCGCGGAGGACGUCGCUCCCGCGCGACCCCUCCCUGUCCCAUGUCAGCAGCCCUGCGGGCGACCCCGAGGAGGAGGAGCCCGUGUACAUCGAGAUGGUGGGCAACAUCCUCAGAGACUUCAGGAAGGAGGACGACGACCAGAGCGAGGCCGUCUACGAGGAGAUGAAAUACCCCAUCUUCGACGACUUGGGCCAAGAUUCCAAAUGUGACCUUGACCAUCACAGUUGCUCUUCGCAGUGUGCUACUCCCACGGUGCCUGACUCGGACUUCGCCAAGUCCUCCGUGCCAUGUACUCCAAAGGGUUUGCUCUGUGACAUCCCCCCGCCCUUCCCCAACCUGCUCUCCCACAGACCCCCGCUGCUGGUGUUCCCCCCCGCGCCCGUGCAGUGCUCCCCCAAUUCCGACGAGUCUCCGCUCACCCCGCUAGAGGUCACCAAGCUGCCGGUGCUGGAAAACGUGUCUUACAUGAAGCAGCAGCCUGGCGCGUCGCCGUCCGCACUGCCCUCCCACGCCUCCGGCCAUCCCAAGCUGGACAAAGAGCAGGCGGCGGCCCUGGGCCCGGGCCCCGCGGCCUCCGCGGCCACCGUGCUGUCCUCGUCCCCGCCCCCGCCGUCCACGCUGUACCGGACGCAGUCCCCGCACGGCUACCCGAAGAGCCACUCGGCCUCGCCGUCGCCGGUCAGCAUGGGGCGGUCCCUGACCCCGCUCAGCCUCAAGCGGCCGCCGCCCUACGACGCGGUGCACCCGGGCAGCCUGUCCAGGGGCUCCCCGGCGGGGCCGCAUCCGAGCGCCAGGCCCGUGUCGCAGGACGGGGCCAAGAUGGUCAACGCGGCGGUGAACACCUACGGCCCCGCGCCGGGCGCCUCCCGCUCCAGGACCCCCACGAGCCCCUUGGAAGAACUGACCAGCCUCUUCACCUCCGGGCGGAGCCUGCUGCGCAAGUCGUCGUCGAGCGGCCGCAGGUCUAAGGACCCCGCAGAGAAAUCGACAGAGGAACUGAAAGUCCGAAGUCACAGCACGGAGCCAUUACCAAAGUUGGAGAGCAAAGAGAGAGGGCAUCACGGGGCAUCUUCCAGAGAGCCUAUCAAAGCUCAGGAAUGGGAUGGAACACCAGGACCGCCUGUAGUCACCAGCAGACUGGGAAGAUGCUCCGUAAGCCCCACCUUGUUAGCAGGAAACCAUAGCUCAGAAGCGAAAGUAAGCUGCAAAUUAGGCCGGUCUGCGUCCACAUCAGGUGUGCCCCCUCCAUCAGUGACGCCUCUCAGGCAAGCCAGUGACCCGCAACAGAGCCAGGUGGCAUGCAUGCAGUGGUUUCAUGGAGACCAUACAAUGCUUGAGAUGAUUGAGAAAAAGCGUUGCUUGUGCAAGGAAAUAAAAGCUAGACAGAAAACGGAAAAAGGCCUUUGCAAACAGGAUAGCAUGCCUAUCCUACCCAGCUGGAAGAAGAAUGCAGGGGCAAAGAAGUACAGCCCUCCACCCUACUCUAAGCAGCAAACGGUGUUCUGGGACACCGCCAUAUGACUGUGCGCAGGAUGGCGUGAGGUCCACACGGAGAGGGAGGUCGACUCAGUCUUGAGACAAAGAACUGUUACGUGUCUUCUCUGUCGGGAUGGAAUGCCAGUGCUUCCCCGGAAAACCCAUGGGAAGCUGUGCUUACUCACAGGCAACUUCAACAUAAAAUGUAUAUUAAUUGUAUCCUUGCAAUUAAGACACUUAUUUAUCCCGGAUUAUUUUGAAUCCAAAAGAUAUUAAGAUGUAAAUAUUUUACUAGUUUAUGGGUGACACCUGAAAUAAUACACAUUAUACGGAUAUAAAUUACAGAAAUAUCGAGAGUUUUACUAUAUGAUAUAAUUUCGGUAUUAACUGGUUUGUUAUCUCUUUUAUAUGUAAUCCCUUGAUGCCUUUUAUUAUUAAUUUUUGCAUUUAAGACGUUAUUAUUUUUUUUCUGUCCACAUUUGGCUUCUGUAUGAGAGCUCACAGCUAUAAAAAUCAUGUUCAAUCACAUAAUAUAAGAUCUGGUGCUAGUAAUGUAGAAAUCGAGUAUCAUAUUCGUCAAGAACAUCUGUUGCUUUGUAAGUUUCUAAGGAUUUGACAGGAAAUGAAUGCAAAUGUGAUGCUUAAUUUGGACGUCCACAUUACAUCAAUACCAAUAUUUUUGCUACAUUGGCUUUAUAAGAAUUUCUCUUCAAUAUUGUCUUGUUUAUACUAAGCAAUCAUUAGACUCCAGAGAAAGUUAUUAGGAUAUAUUUGGAUUUCCCAGCAGAAAACAUUUCCUUCAGAAAUGACUUUAGGGACAUGUGUCCUUGCAUCAUUGAUCUGAUUGGAGGAGACCAGGGUUCACUGUGACAAUGGAAGGAAUAAGGAAUCAAUAGCUAAAUAGCAUGACUGCUUUCAAGAAAGCAGGACCAGGGGCCUCACAGCCACUGCAAUCACCAUUUUUAAGUAACUUUUCACGUGUAUGUUUGUUUCCCCUAGAAAAUGAGAAAUAAACAUUCAGACGGACGCAUUUACAUAUUUUAGCACAUUAAAUGCCAAUCUGUCUCAAAAUUAAGGCCCAUUAACAAACUAGUGUUUCUUAAGUUUUUUCAAACGAGUUCUCACCACAUUUUGGGGUCGCAAUCUUCUGUGCAUGACCAUCACACCCGUUCUUACUUCUUAGGACACCAUGACCAAAGAGUUUUGACCCCUUGUUUCUUUUAUUUUGUUUCCAGGAAGAAGCGGGAAAUGCAGGGGAGAGGGGGUGGAAGGGGUGGAUUCAAUUUUAUGUGGUGGUAAAAUUUAAGUUAAACAAAUCAUAUAUAUCUUUUAAGAAUAACUUGUUAGUUGAAUAUAAAUAUUGCCACGGAUGAAUAAAAAGGAAACUAUCGCGUAUAUUUUGUAAUAUUUAAAUUACUAUUUAUGCUUCCUAAAAUUGACAGUAUGUGAUUCUUCUUUAACAAUCAAUUUAGUAUUAUAUUUCUGAGAGAAAAAGGUACGUGUUUGAAGUUAUUGUCAUAGUGGUUUUCCUCGUAAGGGUGUUGACAGCAAGAGUCACUGCUGCUCAAUAAAACCAAAUAACAGGAGUUAGGGAAUUUUUGUAAUCUAUAUUGCUAACAACCUAGUGAUGCUUUACCAGUAAUCGUUCCUUUCAAGCCUUUGAAAUGCUAUAAAAUAAUUUUUUAAUAUUUUAUAAGUAAUGGAUAUUUUGAUGUCCAACUAGAAUUCUGAAAGAAUAAGGAAAAAGGGUAAGUGGGAGCAUGUGUAUCUGUUGUUUUUGCGUGAAUGAGUUCUCAGCAGGAGAACUGUAUACGUACAGUGCUUACUGAGGUUUUAGGUUUUGCUUGUAUCACUGAAGUGGUUAAAAAACAAACAAACAAGAAAGCAGGAUCACAAGUACAGGAAAUCAUGGAGAGAUCUUAAGUGGCUUCAAUAAAUCCUACUGCCGUGUUUCACCAGUUAGAGAUUAUAUUUCAAACCCAACAAUCAACGGAGUACCAAUCGAAGAGGGAUGGAAAUGUGUUCAGAUAAAAUCAGCAUAGACAUAAAAUGUGCUGAGGACCCAGGUUAGCCUGAUUCAGGUCGUUCUGACCACAGGUACUCAAGCCAGUCAAUGAGGCAUAAGACAUCAAUUCUCAGCAUCUUGAUGAUGAUCUUGGUGUAUGUAUAUGUAUAUUCAGGCUCAGUAUGGUAAUGGCUGGAUAAUUCCUUUGAAAUUUAUAUUUCGGUAACAUAUCCAAGUGUGUUUUUCAGAUGCCAAUCUUUCCCCCUAUCUUUCUGAAUAAGGGAGAAGAUAUUUCUCACUGCUGGCCACUUGUCGAGAAGGAAACAGAGGUACUGAAAUGAUGUGUGUUGGAUUCAGACAUUCCCAUUUGUUCUGCCAAACUCAUGAUGUUGCCAGGUUUCAUGGACUCUUUUUUCAAGCAAGUUAUUUUCUGAGAAGGCAGCUUGUUUGAAAAUCUGACCUUGGGCAACUAUUUCUAUUUAAUAUCUCCAAAUCUUCCUUUCCAUGGGAAGUAAUUGAACGAUCUGGAAAAGUGGCUUCAGUGAUAUUUGACUCCGUAACUUUUAUUCAGUGCCCAAACCACUGUCCAUUGCAGCUUAGCUGAUAGGGCCAUAACCAUUCUAUAAUUAAUUUUCUCUUUGUGUAGCGUUUCUUUGUAUGGAGAAAAAGGAGUCAUUAGGAUACAAAGAAAAAUCAGUGUAUUCUCUCGUGGCACGCAACCAGGAUGCUUCAGUCUGUGAACUUGGUCAGAUGAUCAACAUUCCACAUACAGAACACAAUGGGAAGGUAUAGCUCAUAUAUUUAGCAGUGCCAAAGAACAAAUGGUAUCCUGGCAUGGUUAUUGGGCGGGAAGAGCUCAUACCUAUGAGAAAUGGUCUUUUCACAGCAAAUUUUACAGAAACAGAACUUUAUUGGCUGUCAGCAAGAUGCUUUUCUAUAGGAAGAACUUGUUGGCACACAAGAGACCAAUUUCUUUAGAGUCGAUGUAAGGGAAAAAUCAAAUUCUGCAUUUCUGUGCAAUGCCAGAAACUAGCAUCUGCUGAGGUUUUAUGGCAGUUCCUCACAGGAACACUGCCACCCUUUCCCCCAUAUUUAUGCUGCGGACGUAAGUUCAGAUGAAGGUGAUUGAUUGGCGUUAAGUGAAGGUUAAUGUCCACCCAUACAAAAUAUUCGGGAAAGUGAAAGAAAGCAAAAAUUAAGAGGUUAAUGUUUGUAGUUUUAAAGAAUAUACACAUUCAAAUAUCCAGAAAUGGUCUGGAUACCACAAGAUACAACUUCCCUUUUCAAAACAGGAUGUUGGGACUUGGGACACGGAGGUUCCAUAUAGUUUUGUUGAAUGCUUCCAGAGAAUAGAGAAACAUUUUUCUUACUACACUCUGGCUUUGGCCUCAUCCUCCACAUAUCAUUUGGUUUGACUCUUUGGGCACGUUUGGUAAUCAAGUAAAGAAAGAAAGAAAAAGAAAAGAACUAAGCAACCUUUUUGGGUUAUUGUUUUAAUGAACUAUAUAGAAGGCAUCAAAACAAUGCACAUUAAUGAUACAAUUUAAAUAUCACCUAUAUGUUAAAGUGAAUCACUUCACUAAAGCAGAAAAGAGAUUGUAAGUUCAUUAUGGCUACCUAUAAAAUUAAAAAAAAAAACUUUCCUCUGAUUUAAGCAGUAGGUGAUCUGAGAGGAGAUACAAUUUACCCUUUUAAAGGAAUACAAGUAGGAUGGAAUAACGAUUCAUAGGGCAUUGUAUCCCAAACUUAAAUGGAACUGAAGAAAAAUGGUACCUAUAAUAUGUAAGAUUAACUUACUACAUCUUCCCUCCAUGGGAACAUUGAUAGCUAAUUGUAGAAUGUGGACAAUUUAUUAAUUUAUUAUUAGCAGUUCAUGGUUGAGAAACGUAUUAGUUAUUUUUAAAAAUUCUGUGAAGCACUUGGAAUUAAAUAUUCAAAAAGAUAUGAUCCCUGCCUUCAAGGAACUUAAUUAUGCAAUCCUUAAAGUUUCAAAACAAAGCCAAUUAUUUCUAAGAAGGUAUACAAUAUCAAAUGUUUGACAUCUCCUUUGUGUUUAUAUAUGGUAUUCUCUCUUUUUUUCCAGAUCAAGUGUACAGUCGAAAAAAAUACUAAAACAUAUUAAAGUUAAUGUCUAAGUAUAAAAUGUUUAUGUAUAAGACUCUAUAUGUACACAUAGGAUAUGUACUGCUGUCUAUGUAUCUCAGUAAAAGGAUAACACGUUUGCCAUGUUGGACUUGAACAUUGUGGCUUGUUGUUUGGAUUGAUUUAAAACCCUUUGAUAUUUGGGUCAAUUACAUUGCAGCAAAGUGUGUGUAAUCUGGAAAAAAAAACAUCUGAUUACAUUUCCCUUUAAAUAUUACACAGUUUCAAAUUUAAGGGGAAACACCUUUACAGAAACAUUGCUGGAUUUAUCGCAACCAAGUACGUAUGAAGAUCUUUUCGAAGUGUUCAAUUGUCCCCAAAUGUGACUGGGUUCGCCCACCCUAAAAACAUCUACAUUUACACAUGUAUACACCCACAUACAGUAUACAUACUGUAUAUAAUAUAUAUGAAAAUGUUUAGUAUGCACUUCUUUUGUUCGGAACUCCUUGAGUUAACAUUUAUAGUGUAGCAAUUGGCAUAAAGUGCACUGUGAUUAUAAAAAGCAAAGCACAGUAAAGUCACAGGUCUUGUUAUCUUGCACUAAAAAUGUGUUUACGUAUUUAGCAAUUGUAUGUUUACUUUUUUGCUCUUUUCAAGAAACUAAAACAAAUAGCUAUUGAGAGAUGAUAUAAAAUAUUGUUUUCUAGUGGAUAAUGGCACGACAUUUUUAAAAGACAGGGUUUUUAAAAGAAACCAUUAAACAUCCAUUUCAACAUAACGUGUUUACCGUAUCGAAGAAGCUGAAUGUCAUAUUACAUUUUCAUAACUCAUUAAAAAUGUCAGGUAUGUGCCUGAAAAAUUGUGCAAAUAAGCAUUAGCUAACAGAUUUCUCUAUUCAUGUGUUGUUAGCCAUUUCUAUAUGCAUAUUAAUAUAAACACUGAUGUUUUAAUUUCUCUUAAUUUUUGUACUUGAUUUUUUUAGGUAACAUGUAAUUAUAAAUGUACUUUGAUACUACUGAAGUAACCAGAUGUUGUUGGGAAACAAUUUGUUUUCUUUAGUGCAUUGGCAAUAUUUUACAAUACUUUUGUGCUUAUUUAUUUGUGCUCCCGUGUAAUUAUAAUAAAAGCAAUAGUUUAAAUUA